GAGAAGAUAUGCCAACUCGUGAUGGUUUUUUGUUUUCAGGUUGAGUUUGUAGGAGGUCCAAUGUGUUGGAAUACUCGCCUCUUCUCUGCAACUGCAGGUGGUGGAGCAUUUUGUAAUGGCCAAAGGAUUCAAGUGAGCGCAACUAAUCAGGUGGAAAAAUCUCUUCUAGUGACAGGCUUUGGGUAUGAUCAUGAUGAUGCAUGGGCUACUAACAUUGACUUAUUCAAAGAAUUUACAGAUGUCAGCAGGGGUGUAAGACGGCUUGGUGCAGCUGCUGUGGACAUGUGUCAUGUAGCAUUAGGAAUUGUAGAAGCUUAUUGGGAAUAUCGUCUAAAGCCAUGGGAUAUGGCUGCUGGUGUUUUGAUGGUUGAAGAAGCUGGUGGCACAGUUUCUCGCAUGGAUGGAGGAAAAUUUUGUGUUUUUGAUAGAUCUGUUUUGGUUUCAAAUGGCCUGCUCCAUACAGAGCUUUUGAACAGAAUUGGACCUGCAACAGAGAAAUUGAAAAACAAGGGAAUUGAUUUUUCAUUGUGGUAUAAACCGGAGAACUACAGGGCAGACGUUUAAGGUACCAAUAAUUGCUUUUGUUCACUGUAACCGCCAUAGACUUUUGUUCUUUGUAUUUUUCGUCAAACACAAAACAGUAAUUUCUAUGAUAACAUCCAUUUAUCGUUUUACUGUUUAAACCCACUACUAUUAUGACGCUUUUACGUUUUCA